AGUACGGGGGGACAUCGCUAUUGCCUUGGUCCGGAUCUGUCCGGAUCUCCCUCCACACGGUGUGGGGGUGGCGGGGCGGCGGCGCUUGGUCUGAAGGCACGUGAUGCAUCCGUCUUGUGGGGGUCAGGACCCGGCUGGAGGACCCCCUGCCUGGGAGCCCCGCCCAUGCAUGCGCUCCUCUGACCCCCCCACGUCAUGGGAGAGGGGCGGGCUCAAUAGCGCUUCCUCUGCCCAGCCUACCUCGCAGGGUUGUUGUGGCUAAGCGUUGGAUCACCCAGAUCCAUGUACAGCCCCCAGAGCUCGUUGGAGGUGAGGUCGGAUGCAGAGGCAGCAGAAGAUGUCAAUGUUACUUUCGAAGAUCAACAGAAAAUCAACAAGUUUGCAAGAAAUACCAGCAGAAUUACAGAGCUGAAAGAAGAAAUAGAGGAUAAAAAGAAGCAGCUUCAGAAUUUGGAAGACGCCUGUGAUGACAUCAUGAUGCUUGAUGAUGAUUCACUCCUGAUACCUUACCAAAUUGGAGAUGUCUUUAUUAGCCAUCCUCAAGAUGAAACGCAAGAGAUGUUGGAGGAGGCAAAGAAAGACUUGCAGGGUGAAAUUGGAGCUUUGGAGUCACGAGUGGAAUCUAUCCAGAGAGUAUUAUCAGACCUCAAAGUCCAGCUCUAUGCAAAGUUUGGCAACAACAUAAACCUUGAGGCUGAUGAUAAUUAAAGGAUUGUAAAUCUGAUUCACACAGGGGAAGUCAGAGGAAGUGCUCGCCUGUCUACAGCUGCAGCAAUAUGAUGAUGAAAAAUGCAUUCGUUUAUCUGUAGGAAAGGAUUUAAAGGCUGUUGCAUUCAUUUGUUACCUAGGACCUGGCACUUUAUCAUACAGACUCUGGCCAGGAAAUUAUCUCUUCUUCUCAAGUCCAUUAAGGGUAUUUUUUUUAAAAGCCCUGACAAAUAGAAAUACAGAAGUCCGUUCAUGAAAAGAGCAUCCAAAUCGGAGGUUUUCGUGCUCAGAAAGCAUGAUGAAUGCCAUCUUAAUUAACUUUUUUGCACUGGUAAUCAUGAAUGUGUUGUCACACAUUUUCAAUUAUCUGCACUGCCUACAAAAAAAUUAGAACCAUUCAGCCUCUCCAGUGCUUUCUGGAAAACAGACUAGGCAUAUGAAAAGUCACCAUCAUAAAAAUGACAGGUAGGGCGAGGUAGGAAUUAUAGGUAAAAUAUUGUGAGUUAGGAUUGCCACCUUUUAAUGCUAGCCAGGCUCCUGUGCCAUUAACUGCUGCACCUCAUGCAGAGAUUCAAGAAAUGUACUUUUCACUGCUUUAAAAUUACCUUAGGUAGUGUGGCAAUUAAAAGCCCAGAAGCCCUCCAGAGAAAAAGAUGGCAACAGUAUUAUCAUUUGCUUGAGUGAACAUGUUCCAAAUAGGAUUAGUGGAUGUUCAUUUUGUUACAGGGUUACUGGAGACCCUCCUCUUAAAACCUUUAAAUUUCCUGCUGGGUUGGGGGAACAAGAUACCAGCAACUUCUUCCCACUCCAGAAGCCCUUUGGUGUAGCCUCUCUUUUGCUUGUUGUAGUGAGCUUGACUUCAGCUGUGCCCCACAGAACAGGAGACAGAGAGGGGCAGGAGAAAGGGCAGAGAGAGCAGAGAGAGGUCAUGUGGGAUGUGGGAGCAGCUGCGUCUACAUCUCCAUAGCUUUAUCCAUGAGUCAGAACAUUGGUCCAUCUAGCUCAGUAUUGUCUGCUUUGAUUGACAGCAGCUAACCAGGAUUUCAGGCAGGAGUCUCUCCCAACCCUACCUGGAGAUGCCAGGGAUUGAACCUGGGACCUUCUGCAUGCAAAGCAGGCUGAGCGAUGGCCCCACCUCCUAUUUCAGCAAUUCAUUCAUUCAUUUCAACAGGAAUCUCCAGUUGCAGCCUGACAACUUGCUGCUUCUUUUUUUUUGAGGAUCAGAAGAGACUGAGUAAAGUGGUUUCAUAGAAAAGACUGUUAGUCUUGAAAUAUUUAGUUGGGGGAGAGGGGGAACUGUUGUCCUUUCUUUAUGGUUUAUGUAGCUGUGGAUUUUCUAGUAUUUUUCAGAUGACAUUUUGGUUUCUACCGCCUCUAAUUAAAAGAAAUAUUUUGUU